AUGUGUUCAACGGCCAACUAUGUUCUCCCCCUGAGGAGAACCUGUGAGAUAGUGGCUCCCCCUGGAAGACUAUGCGGAGGGGUGUCCAUGCCAUCUAAUUUCCAUGGAGUUAGGCCUCAUGGAACUCCGCAGGACGCAGACAUGGACAUGGCUUGGCAGGAGUUGAUGGCCAUCACAGAGUUGCAGGAGUUUCAAGUACCAAGCGAAGGCUCCUAUGAAUCAACACAGUACCAAAGCAUGCAACCCAUGGCCCCUUCGGGAGAGUAUGUCAUGACUCAGCCCCACACUGAACCUCUUCAUGCUUCUUGUGAGCUGAGCAAUGCUGAGGCUUAUGAGCGAUGCUACUCGGAGGAGGUACCCGCCUGCCAGCGCCUCGGCAACACCGAGGCCAUGUACGGAACCGCCGACUCUCAGCUGGGUCAAAGAAUACUUCCUGCCUCUUCUCACACGCAGCCGUCUCUCAUGACCAUGCCGGGUGCGGGUUCAGUGCACAGGAGGGCGAAUUCUUGUCUCUCUCAGGGCUUAAGUCGCCAUAUGCUCUGGACUACACUUGGCCAAGGUAUGCAGGCUCACACAACUGAUGAUCUAGAAUCAGACUCUGGACUGUCUUUGGGAUCCAGUCCACCUUUGGCAUCCCCAGACAAUCAUGUUGGCGGCGCUCCAGGUUAUCAGAAUGUAGACAUUGGCAUGGCGUACAGUGAUGGUGAACCAGACAGUCUGCCUGAGCAUACAGAGCACAUCCAUUACUCCAUGGACUACCAGAGUCAGGCUCAAUCGUAUUUACGCUCAGGUAUACGUUCACCCUAUUUUUCACCUCAGUCACAGCCUUGUGCAUUGACGCCUCGGUCAGUAAAGCAGCAAGGGGCGGCUGAUCUCUUCAACGUCGCAAUGACCAGCAGAGGGAGCUCACAGCAUCUCAUGUAUUCAAAACAAGGAGGAAGUUCCAGCCCCGCCUCUCUGAGCAGGGAUGAGCGACGGGCCAUGGCUUUGAAGAUUCCCUUCCCCAUGGAGAAGAUCAUCAAUCUACCUGUGGACGACUUCAACGAGCUCCUCACGCAACACACUCUGACAGACACUCAACUUGCAUUGGUCAGAGACAUCAGACGACGGGGGAAGAACAAAGUGGCAGCUCAAAACUGCAGGAAGAGGAAGCUGGAGAGCAUAAUUCACCUGGAAAGAGAUCUGAACCAGCUUCAAACUCAGAGGGAACGCCUGGCACAGGAGCGGCUGGAGUUCCAGCGCAGCUUGGCCUUUGCUAAAUGCAGACUCUCAGACCUUUACACUGAAGUAUUUUCCCACUUACGAGAUGAAAAUGGACAGCCUUAUUCGAUUGAUGAUUACUCUCUGCAACAAACCCCUGAUGGUAAAAUCUUUUUGGUACCUCAUACAAUGGAAAAGAGAGUUCAGUUCUAG